AGCGAUUGUCUGGCACCUCACAUUGCCUGUGGUCGUCAGCUCUGGACAUACUCGUAUGUAUAUAAAUGCGCGUUACUGUUAAAGGCUCGUUCAUUUCACUCUUUGCCUUGACCAUGGGCCGUUGUCUUCACUUAAUUUUCUUGUUUUUGCUGCUUGUCGCGCUGCUCAGCGCUGUUCACGGCAUGCCGUCGCCGCUUAAUUGGGGACCCGCAUCGAACAGAGGGCCUGGCGGCGGACCUGGCUGGAAUGGUGGAGACACAACCGACAAUAUUAUUCUGCAUUCUGGUAAAACUGGCAAAUGGCGCUACUAAUUGACAUUUGGCCUGAUCAAAGGCUUAUUAAUGAAGACGCUUCAAUUUAAA